GUCAAGCACGCGCACUCACUUGCAGUAUAAACAAUCUUGUUCCGACUUGUGGUGUAACUUGAAAUUAGAACAAACAGAACGAAGGAACAAACCAGCUGGGGCUGCAAACAACAAGGCUACUCUGAAGCAUGCUAUCUGGAAAAAACAGGGUUUGAAAUGAGAGCGUUUGAACUUGUGACACUUCUGUGCCUUGGUCUGGCGUCGUCCACCUACAUCCCUUUGUGGAAGCCAUGGACCAAGCUUAUUCUGACUCACCACUGGCCAGAAACAUUCUGUACUAUGGAACAUUGCAAAGAACACUAUAAAUACUGGACUUUGCAUGGCCUGUGGCCAAACAUUGGCAUAGCAUGCAACUCAUCAUGGAAGUUCAACAUGAGUGAAAUACAGGACCUAAAGCCAGACAUGGAUAAAUACUGGCCAAAUCUUCUACAUCCAACUUCAGCUGAGUUUUGGAAAUAUGAAUGGCAUAAACAUGGAACAUGCGCUGCAACAAGCGAGUCCCUGAACAGUCAGCAUAAGUACUUCAGCAAAGCUCUUGAACUGUACAAAAUGUUUGACCUCACUGGCGUCCUGACCAAAGCUGGUAUUGUGCCCGCAGAGCAGAAUUAUCAGACGGAUGCCAUUGAAGCUGCCAUCGAAAAGGCUUUUGGUGCGAAACCAAAGAUUCAGUGUGUUCAUCCAUCAGCAAAGGCUGAACAGGUUCAGCAAUUGGGCCAGAUCGAAAUCUGCGUGAACAGCGACUUUAAGCCGAUCGACUGCGAGAAGUCAGAGGAUGACCUGUGGAGCCGAGUCAAUGACGUUCUCCUGUAUCGCUUCAGAGGGGUCAGGGGUUUCAGCGUCUGCGACCUGAACAUGCCAGUGCACUAUCCACUGCCAAUGGAGAACUUCUAGUUGCAACAUUUCCUGUUGUGGGUUUGUUUCCCCCCCCCCCCCCCCAAUCAGACAUGGUCAUGCAAAACAUGGUUCUAAAGUUCCUCUUUGAGGGUAAAUAUCUCAACAAUGGUUUAGAGUUUGAGGUAUGACUCAGACAUGUGACGUACGUCAUGAGUGUGACUGGAAAUGUUGUUUUGAUGGUAAAAACCACAUGAUUGUUUCCGUUUAUGAAAAUGCUGUGGUGGUCAGCAAUCACAAUCAGACUUUUCCCCCACUGUUUUAUUCUCCCGUUGUUUCCCUCUCUCUGUCUUUCUCCCCUCCAUCUUAACCUUUUCUCCGUUCCAAAACCUCAAACCUGUGUCUGGCAGCAUUGAAACUCGUGCCAGUUUUAAACAGUAAUGGGCAACUCUGAAAGAGCAGCUUUGUUUCUGCUGGACAUCAAACAAAUGUAUCCUCUCUUCCCUUUUUCCUUUCACACUACCCUUUUUAAAGAAGGAAGAGGGGCACAUGGUCACUUCAGGGGAGAAACAGCACUGCCCAUAUGCUUUGUAUGUCUUUUGAGUAAAUAUGAGUGCGGUAUGCAACAAACAUCACUUCUCUUUUAACAGGGUUUUAGUUAUUUGAGUCACGACAAGUAGGGUCUCUGAUUAUUGAUAUUUUUAUCAUGUGUAAUGUUUCUAGGCCAGAUACUUUGGCAUUAGCCCUAGGGUUAGGCCCUGUUAGUCUGCAAGCCAUUUUCACCAAGAAGGUGGUCUAGAAGAGGAAUCUCCUACAAUCAGAGGCAUUAUUUCCCAUUCUUUGUCAUUACCUUCUUAUCUUCAUGGCGGUAGAUUUUUGUAUCAGAAUAAGAGUUCAACAGCAUAGUGUCUUUUGGUCUACAGUUUGUCUCUUCUUCAGGCCUAUGGAAGAGAGGGAUGAACAGUUCUCUCUGGUCACUAACAUUCUGCAGUAUAACUCAUUAUUCCUUCGCCAAGAAACAAACCUUUCAUGGGCAUUGUGAUGAUGUUGAGUGGGGUUUUGUAAAAGUGUCUUUUUUGAGGGAACUAAUAUCUUUUCAUUUUUUCUUCUGUUUGUAAAUUGCAUUCAGACAUAACACAUUUCCCUACAGAAUUGUUUCUAUUUUAUAGCUUUAGCUAGUACUUAAGUUAAUCAUGUUGUACUGAGCUGCAUUUGGUGAAGUUUUGGUGGCUGUGGUUUGGUUGGCUUGCUUUAGAGUGACAGUAGAAUUUGCCAACUAAAUGCUGUGAUGGAACUCCAAACAUGGUCAAGCAGAGUAUUUUUUAUUUUUUUCUCACCUGUGUUUACUUGUUGUUGCCUUUGUCCAUUUAAUUUCCCUUUUAUUAUUACUUUUUUAUGAGUUUUAUGAAAUUCUGUUAAUCUAAUUUGCACAGCCAUUCCUUGAUCCUCUUGUCCUGCACAUACGUGUUAUAACCACAAGGGGGCAGCAUUUAUUUGCUGGGAGAUUCUCUGCUGUAAUGAAGAGGAGAGCACACCUGUGUUUGUACUAUUGUUUGUAUUGUUAUGGAAAUUGAUCUGUAACAGUAUUGAAAUGGGAUGUGGAUUUUCAUAAAUCAACACUUUAAAUGUGGGAAUCAGGUUUUUGAGAUAAUUAGUGAUACUACUGUUUUUUUGCAAUUUUUAUUGCAAUGUCUUAAUUAUCAUAAUGAUUUAACAACAAAAUAAACAUUUAACACCCCUU